AUGUCACUGCCUCCAUCUUUGAAAUCUUGGCUUAUCGAUGACUGGGAUUUGAUUACUCGUCAAGCUCGGCUUUAUGAACUGCCUGCCUCUCAGCCAAUAUGUAAUGUUUUAUCAGACUUCUUAGAAGCUUGUGAGGCUGAAAUUAGUCAGAAGUCAGAAUCAACUGGUGAAACAAAAGAAGAGUGUACUUCUUCUGAAUCGCAGAACUCUCAGCUAACUACUACUACUAAGUUGCCAAUAAACGCGGGAGUACGGCGUGAAUUUGUUGCGGGAAUUCAGCAUUUUUUCAAUCUUACUAUUGGUUCUCAUCUUUUAUACAAAUUUGAACGAUUACAAUAUGCUGAGCUAUUGAAGCAUCAUACAGAUAAGAAAAUGUCAGAUAUUUAUGGUUCAAUUCAUUUGUUGAGGUUGUUUGUUAAGCUCCGAGAUAUGGUGUCAUGCGUCCGAGUCGAUGAGCAUAGUCUCCCUAUGCUAGAAGCUUCAGUUGCUGAGUUUUUGCAGUUUCUGCAACAAAAUGAAAGCCGUUACUUCCGAAUUGAGGAUUACAGUGUGGCGACGGCAGAAUAUCAACGAAGAGCGAUGUGUUGA